GCUACAAGAAGAUGUCGAAUUCGGCGAAGACGACAUCAUGGCCCAACUCGCUGCCAUGGCCGAGGAAGGCAAUUUCGACCCCCACGACGCCCAAGAAGAAUUAACCCCCCUCGAACGCCGCUCCAUCUUUAAAGACCUCCUCUACGAUAAGGAAAUCAGUCCAUAUAGUAUGUGGGACGUCAUCUUGUCGGAUAUCGUUCGUGACGAGAGGUAUACGGCUAUCACGACGACGACGGAGCGGAAAGAGGUGUUUGUGGAGUAUUGUAAGGACCGACUCGAUGCCAUCGCAGCCGAGAAAGCCGCUGCGCCGAAGACUGACCCGAAGAUUGACUACUUGGCGUUGUUGGUCGAGAAAGCGGGUAAACUCUACUGGCCAGAAUUCAAGCGAAAAUACAAGAAAGAAUUGGCGGCACAGAAGUGGGGAACGGAUAAGGAGAAGGAGAAGUUGUUUAGGGAAUAUCAGGAGAAGAAGAAAGCGAAGCCGGAGAAGAUCGAGGAUGAGUUUCUGGGGAUGUUGAGGGGGGUGAAGGGGGUGAGGAGGAGUACCACGGUUGAGACGGUGCCGCAGGGUGUUAAAGGAGAUGUGCGGUUUUUUGUCGUACCUGAGGAGACGAGGGUGACAUUGCUCGAGCGGUACACGAGGACGAUGCCAGAAGUGGAAGACGAUACCGUGGAAAAUCCGGAGGCGGCAGCAGCGCAUAAGGCGCAGCAAGCACUCAGGGAACGCGAACGGGCUGUGAGGGAGGCCAAAUGGAGACUGAACAGAGAGAUCAGACAAGGCCAGCAUGAGCUAGAUUUCCAAGCAAGGCAAAUCGAGAGUGCAUUGAGAGUCAGAGGAAACGAAGGUCUAGCAUCACAACUGAAAGGAAAUGAGAAGAAAUGAGAUGCAUGGAUAUUACCGUAGUCUAAACCUUAACACCGGU